AUGGCUCUUUAUGAAAUUCUCUAUGGUAGAAGAUAUAGAUUCCCAGUUCAUUGGGAGGAAGUCGAAGAAAAACGAAUUUUGGGUCCAAAGAUUAUUGCAAGGAUAGUGCAAGUAAUUGAUAAAAUUAAGGACAUAAUAAAGUCUGUUCAAGAUAGACAAACAAGCUAUGCAGAUCUACUGAGAAAAGCAAUAGAAUUUGAAGCCGGUGAGAAAAUAUUUCUUAAAGUGGCACCAAUAAAAGGAGUUCUUAGAUUUGACAACAAGGAAAAGUUGAGACCUCAAUUUAUAGGUCCUUUCAAGAUUCUAGACAGAAUUGGGAAUGUAACGUACCUUCUAGCAUUGUCACCUAGACCAUCGGCAAUACAUAAUGUAUUCCACAUGUCGAUACUUAGAAAGUAUGCACAUGAUCCCAAGCAUGUGAUAAGUUAUGAUUCAUUGGAGGUACAAAAAGAUCUAACGUAUAAAGAUGUUCCUUUGGAGAUUAUCGAAAUGAAAAUACAUGCACUAUGGAAGAAAGAAAUUGCCUCGAUUAAGGUUCGAUGA